UCCUCUCGGUUGCUUCAGGCUCCUCCCAGAUUCAGAGGAUGAUGAUGUUUCUCAGGGUUUUGUUACAAAGAGACGCAGAGAGAGAAUGGACCGUGUGGACAUCAUUAUGUCUGUUACACCCUAAAAGGCGAGGGUACUGGAUUCUGCCACAUUGCUUCCACCCUGAAUUAUUAGACAGGAUUUUGGAGACUAUAAUCCAUAUGCUUUGUUCACGCUGGAUAAAAUUAUGUCGACGCGGUGGAUACGGAGUCCGCUGGGGAUUUAUAUAGUCCUUGUUCUUGUGGAUUGCUGCUGGGAAGCGGUGUCCGGACAGCUCUCAUACUCUGUAUCAGAGGAGGUAAACCCGGGGACUUCUGUGGGAAAUCUCGCUAAAGAUCUAAACCUUAAUGUCCACGACUUAGAGCCUCGUAUGUUUCAGAUCGUUACUGGAUCAAAGAGGAAAUAUUUCGAUGUAAAUCUGAAAACUGGUGUUCUUUAUGUGAAUGAAAGAAUAGACCGUGAGGAGCUUUGUGCGAAGGCGACAAAAUGUACUGUCAGUGUAGAGGCCGUGAUUAACAACCCGCUGAAGCUUUAUCGUUUAGAGGUAAAUAUAGUCGACAUUAAUGAUAAUGCGCCCUUUUUCCCCGAGAAGGUGCAGUCUCUUAACAUUGCUGAAAGUACUGUGCCGGGAGGGAAAUUUGGAUUUGUCGGGGCAUCGGAUCUGGAUGUUGGAAAGAAUAGUGUGAGUACAUACAAGCUGAGUCCAAAUGAUUAUUUUUCUCUAGAGAUUCACAAAGGAGCAGAGAGCGUAUCUGCUGAGCUCGUGCUUCAGAAAGCUUUAGACCGAGAGAAACAACAUACUGUCAGACUAACAGUGACUGCAAUCGACGGAGGAAAUCCACCUAAAUCAGGAACGUCUCAGAUAAAUAUUAACGUUCUAGACAACAACGACAAUGCUCCGGUUUUCAGCAGCUCUUUAUAUAAGGCUCGCAUUUCUGAGAAUUUAGCAGUAGGUAAAACUGUCAUAGUUCUGAAUGCGACAGACGCAGAUGAGGGAUUAAAUGCUGAAAUCGAGUAUUCAUUGAGAAGUAAAGGUCAGGAUCACAUUUUAGAUUUAUUUGAAAUUGAUUCUAAAACAGGUGAAAUUUUAGUCAGAGGUCAGAUCGACUAUGAAGAACACCAAGCUUUUGAGAUUCAUGCACAGGCCAGUGACAAAGGGCAGCCUCCAAUGUCUGCAGAUUGUAAAGUGCUGGUAGAAGUGGUGGAUCUAAAUGACAACGCUCCUGAGAUCACAGUAACGUCACUGCUAAACACCGUGAAGGAGGAUGCAGAAGUAGGUACUGCUAUAGCACUUGUGUCUGUACUGGAUAAAGAUGGUGGUAACAACGGUGUAGUAAGAGCUGUCAUUGCAAAUGAUGCUCCCUUCAAAUUAGAGACAAAUUAUAAAAAUUAUUAUUCG